ACUGGAGAACCAUAGGAUUGACGGCUGAAUCAUGAUAAAUUUAAAAGUGAAAACUUUGGAUUCACAGAAUCACGAUUUCACUGUCGACGAUGAGAUCACGGUCCGGCAGUUUAAGGAGGAGAUUGCGGUUAAAAUCUGCAUUGCCGUCGACAUGCAACGGCUCAUCUACUGUGGGCGUGUACUGGCGGACGACAAACCGUUGAAGGAUUACGAUCUCGACGGGAAGGUGGUGCAUCUGGUGCAGCGCCCACCACCGUCGGCCCGCAAUAACAGCGUAAGUGGGUCGGCCGCCGCCUCCCGUUUGGCCGAUGAAGCCACGCGUGCUUCGCGCCGUUCGCGUAGCAGUGACAAUGCGCGGCGCAACAUUUUCCGCGGUCUCGACGAUAUCAACACGAUGUACUUCGGAUCGAUGACGUCGAUUCCGUUGAACGUGAGCACAGGCAAUGCCACACAAAUCCCGUCUGUCAGUUCGUCGUCGACCUUGUGCAAUAACCGCAUCACAGUAGCCCGGCACAUGCUCGAGUGCGUUGACAGCAUUUUAAGCUACUUGGAGAAUCCGGCCCGUGGUUUGAACUACAGUGCAAUGGAUUAUCUAUCGCAGCAAACGAUGGAAUCGACCGUGUUCGAGUUUGGCAUUUCGGCCGUCGGUGACGUCGAUAUUCCGCACAACCAGGUGCAAAGCUUCGUGAACGCCGUCCAGGGUGCGGUGAGCGCUGCGUUCCGCCAGAAUGGGAUGUCGAACGUGACGGUCCAGCAGCCGGAUGGGUCGAAUGGGGGAGGUUCCUUGCAGGUUUUUGGCACGGUGCCCGACUUUGCCGUGCUGACGCCACCAAACACAAGCGCCACAGCCACGCCGGCCCACGAGGGGUCCGGAGGCAGUAGCAGCAGUAGCACUAGCAGUAGCAGCAGCAGUAGCAGCAGCAGCAGUAGCAGCUCCGGUGGCGGUGGUACUUCGUCAUCGAGCAGCUCCUCGGAAACGAGUGCCGACAGCCGCCGCCAGGCACCGCCGGGUCCAUCUGCCGCCGCAAGCCAGCAGACGACCAGCCCGCAAACGCUCGGAGAAGUGGUGCGGCAGAUGCGCAAUGUGCAGCGCCGCAUGGAACCGUUCCUGCAGCAGUACUACAGCAUUCUGCUCGAGGAUCCCGCGUUCGAGGAAGCGGACACGGUAGGACGCGAAAAUGCGCAACGCGUUUUCGACCGCGUGUCGGAAGCGAUGCACUAUAUGUCGCACGCCCAGCACGCGAUCAGUGAUCUGAUGUUGGAUCUGCAGAUGGCCACACCGCGGCACCUCUGCUGUCGACCGAUUCUGGUCGAACAGAAUGCCUACGUGAGCUCGGGAAUGGCCGCCGUGCCUCACAACAUCAAUUUGUCCAACUUGCUACGCAACAAUAAUAACAACAAUAAUACCAACAACAAUAAUAAUAAUCCGGAAGUUGGAAACAACAAUAUCAACGCUCAGGUCAUCAACGUCGGUAUAGCGCCGUCGUGGUUUACUGGCGCCCCUCCCACGGGAGGGGCAAUGCGACCGCCUGCCACGGCGGGGCCUGCCGCCCCUAAUGCUGCUGCCCCGAGAGGUGGUGCUUCGGGCGAAAGUGCGGCCACAACGGCGGCGACUGCAGUUCCCCAGGCCCCUGCCACAGGUCAGUCUACCGCAACAAAUAGUCACAGCGUUGGGCGGUCAGAUAUGGACGACGAUAAUGUCGUCACCUCCCUGUACAUCCCCCUAUACGACCUCAACAACCUACGGCGCGUGCAGAACAUUCUCGGAGAGAUGCCUCCGCCAUCAUUGCCGGUGCAAGGAAGAAGAACGGGGGCUCCACUGAUUGGGGCCACUCUGCUAACACCGAGAGCCCCGCGUACGGCAUCCGCCGACGGUCGACUGCAGCCACCAUCCUCGACCGGACCGACCGCACCCCCGAUCCGUAGCCAACCGGCCCCCAAUGCAGCCGGAGGUGUACCGAGUAAUAAUAACAACAAUGGUGCCGCUGGACUCAACCCUAAUACCAACGCCCAGCUGCAGAUGGCUCGCUUCAUACAAGCGGUCGUUAAUGCUGCUCCCAUCCACACUGACAUCCACGUGCAGAUCAACACUGGCGGUGACGGCGGCGGUACAGCAUCAACACCUCAGGAAGGCAGUGCCGGCACACGAGCUGCCACUACCGUCGCCUCCUCCGAAGCUGCGGCAGCCGGAAAUCCCACCAACACAACCACCACCAACACCGACAGCAACACGAACGGAGCAACCCCGAGUGGUGAUGGGGCCACGGCAGGAGCAGCGGGUGGUGCUAAUGUGCACUUUUUGCCACGCUUCGCCACCGUUACACUCCCGACGACGUCGACCCAGACGCGCUCGACGUCGCGGCCGCACGUGCACAGUAUACCACCGCCAGCUGCUUCGCACAUCCGCAACCUCAGACCGCUCCAGACCAACAUCCUGUCAACGUUUGAUCGCUUUUUGCCAUGCAGUAGUCAUCACAUACGCGACAGCAGCUCCAAUCCGCAGCAAGACCGGGGCAACGAUGGUACCAGCAACCGGGCGGGACCAACCGGACCGACCAGUGCCCCGGGCGCUGGAGGAAGACCGGUGGUUACCGGUGGUGGUAGUACGAGCUCUGGUACUCAAACGACGCCCGCUGCCGACGCGGGACCUCCCAGCCGCCCCGAUUUGUUCUCGCCACUUCCGUUCACCAUGUUUGGCAGCCAAUUUACGUUGGCCGACUUCUGUAACCUGGUACCGAACCCAAACACGUUGAACCGCAUCCGUGACUCUCUGCAAGCGUACAUCAGCCAGACGUUGGCCGAUGAUGAUGCCGUCCGCGCGUUGGUCAACAGCGGCAUCGCCCAGGUGAAUGCGGUGCUGCUACCGAUCGCCCCGGCUGAGCGACCAGACUACGACACGCGCGCCUCGCUGGCUAAUCUGAUACGUUCCUCGCUGCCGACCUGCAUCAGUCUGAUCCGCGAGGACAACUCGCCCCAGUUCGGUAUCCGGCUGGUGCGUCUUCUGGGCAAGUUCGUGCGCCAUUUCUUCAUGAUUCUGUUGGCGGGACUGGGACGUGGGAAUGCACGGUCCGCCGUGUCGGAGCUGCUGCAGGCCGCGUUGCAGCAAAGCCCUGCCGCACAGCUGCCGGCCAGCGAUCCGUCCACUGUGAUACAGGAUGUGCAUCGUGCCCUGCUACCGACCCUCGAGCGCCACCUGGAGCUGGCCAGCCGCCAUAACAUGAGUGACGUGCAAGAGUACUUGGUCAUCCGUCAGCCGGCUCCGCCACAGUUGCAAACGCCGCUCGCUAUCAGUGACCCCGCCACGUCGUCCGCGGUGGCUGCUGCAGCAGCUGCUGACGCUGCAGCGGCCGCCGUCACAGCAUCAGCCGCAGCAGCGGCCGCCGCAGCUGCCGCCGUCACUGCUGUACGAGCCAUGGUCGACAGUGUCGAGAGCCGAUCCUCCAGUCUGUCCUCCAACAACACCGGCCAGCGAGAACCAAGUCCAAUGGAAGUGGAUGAUGUUGAGAGUACCUCGACACCGGAGCUAGUGUCGGACAUAGCGGAGAUCUCGAUAUCGAUCGAACCGCCGGCCAUGAGUGUCGAUCCGUGUGCGGCGGCGGCGAUCGUGAUCAACGACGUCGUUCCGGACGAAGUUGUUGCGGAUGCGGCCGCAGUCGCCUCCACUGUCGGUCGCCAAUCGACCAUCGAAGUUGCUGGUGGAAUGGCUGCAGCAGCGGCAGCCAUUGCUUUGCGUGCCGCAUCACUGGCCGACCCACGGGUUCCGCCUCCGCGGCCCACCGAUGAGGAAGAGGAGGAGCUACCGAGCGUGACCGUCGGCACCGAAUCGUGGCAUCGUCAUUUCCCUUCCAACUGGCUGCCGGUUAUUACCCGCGAUCUCGGACGUCAACGGCGACAGAAUCCACAGGCACCGUUUUCCGAUGCGUACAUUGCCGGCAUGUCAUCUAAGCGCAGGAAGCUGCUAACGGAAGCGAAGCCACCGAACGAUGUGCAUUCACUGAUCGCGGACGGUGUUAGGCGAUCGUUUCUCGGCAGUGGCGUGACGCCUCCGAACGUUACGACCGCAACUAGUGGUACCGGCGGUAGUUCCACCGGUGCUACGAGACGGCGGCCGGGAAUGACGGGAGGUGGUGCUUCAGCAACGAGCACCGGGGGUGGCGCGAGCGGUGGCGAACCGAACCGGUUUCGCUCGCUGGACGAACUGGCCAACAGCAUUGCCAACGAUAGCGCCCUGCAGGCCUCCUACUGUGAGGCCAUGAAGGCGACCGUGCGCGACCGAUUGGCCAAAGAUCCGGACUACGAUGCGUCUCGGUUUCCCAAUAGCUCCAAAUACUUUGAGAAGCAGUAAACACGAUCGUCGAAUGGGAAGGGAUCCACGAUGGUGAAAUAAUGUCGCCUGCGCACACCCGAAAAUCAACCGUGUGCACUGCAUGUGUGUAUGUGUGUUUGUUUGCACUUCCAAAUAACGUGCGAUGUUUUGUUAUUACACUCCUUUCGUUUCCGCUUUUGUUCCUUCUUGUUUCGUCUCGUCUCACACACACACACACACACACAGACACAUACACAUUAAUAUUCGAAAUGGCAAUCUGAGCGGUGUGUUUUUCCUCGUCUGCAUAUGUCCUGUGUGAUCCUCGGCAUUGAAGAUCACCUUUAAUCUACGUUUGAAAAUGACAGUCUUGCGUGUAACAAAACUUCUGCAUGAAGCAUAUAGAAAGAAGAGGUCGUAAACUAAGAGUAAGAUGAAGAUGGAAAGAGAAUGAUAGAACAAUUUGGUUAAAGCAAUGUAGUGUAGUGGGCGAGAGACAGAGAGAGAGAGAAAUCGGUUCCAGCAACGGAGACACUGACAGGUUCGGAUCGAUAGGACAAGCUGAAAUCACGCGACUGAUUGAUUGUAAAGAUCAACCAAGAAAUGACUUAGUAGCGACGCGGCCGUUGUCAGUUGCCGUGUUUGGGUGUCUUUCCAACUUUCUACGAUAACCCGCUUCUGCCAUUCGCGCACCUAUUCUCCCAUAUUCUUUCGCUGCAGGCGCGUAGACACUCCCUCAGACGAUCGUGGGAAUGCCAGUUUGAUUUGGGUUCUUGUUUCACGGACCUCGGGCCACGGCCAUAGCUCGGUGCCGGAGGAAUGGCUUCCGAAAAGGGUUUGGGACGGUUUUACUUGGACGAAUGAACGAAGUAAGCCACAUACACCUUAUAAUCUACUCAUAAAGAAACCUCUAAUAGAAA